UCCAGUUUGAAAUUGUCGAUUUUAAUGGCGUUACGCGGAGUUCUAUGGGUUAACGGUAUCAACGCGUUAUAAUUAUGGUAUAACGCAGUAUAAUGCGCAUGCAAGAAUCGUCAAUCGAGUUUAAGUUUGUGAUAUCGUAUUGAUAAAAGUGUCUGAUACAAGCGGAACUUUUCGAAUUGUUUAAUUGGAUUCGGACAAUUUUAGUGAUAAAAAUGUCCUGUGAAACGCCUGCCACCAAACUGGGAACUCACAUUAGCUUGAAGCUGAUUAAUCUCGUGAAGGACCAUCCGGUAAUGUACUUGCCGUCAAAAUCGUCGCCUAACCGUCGAAAGAAUCGAAAUGAAAUAAAUAGAGUUUGGCAAGUGAUUUCCGCGGAGGUCGGGCUUUCAGCCGAGGAUUGUAAACGGCGAUGGAAAGGCUUGAAAGAUGUUUAUUCUAAGCUUAGGAGACGGCGACUGCAGGAAAAUGUUUUAGGAAUUUCAGCGAGAAGAAAGUGGUUGUACGAAGAUGCUAUGGAUUUCUUGAAGUUUUCAUUUGAGCGCUCUUACGAAGAAGCGCUUGAAGCUUUUGAAGAUGUUGAUUGCGAUGACUGGAAGUUAGAAUAUGCAGAAUGCAGCGACGCCGGAGAACUGUAUUGUAAUGAUGGCCAUGAGCAAGCAGAAUCUAACGACGAAAAAAGUAAAGAGCAGUCCCAGACUGACAAAAAGGGUAAACAUAUGACGAUGGAAUGCAUGGACUUGGAAUUGCAUGCUGACAGCAUUUCAAGUAAAGAAGAACAAGAUUCGGAACAGAGCUCAGAACAAGAUAAUGGAGCAUGGAGCAGUGGUCUAGAUAAUGAAUUACCUCUUCAGCCUUCUCUGGUAGAGAAAAACACAAAAUUGCAAACGAGAUGUCGAGCUAUUCGUCAGCUGAACACGUUGAAUAAUGGUCGAAAUUUGAGGAGCCGUAAUGCUACUCCAAAAACCAGCACAACUUCCACACCUUCUAUUGUAAGUGUGUCCAGUCUUAAUCCAAUGAAUCAAAUAAUUGUUGAGAGUCCCAAGUUGCAAUCGGAUAAGAAUUGUGAUACUGUCAUUUUGACCAGUUCAAAUAUGAAAGUUAAUAAUUAUCCCAAGAUGGAAAGUGUUGAUGUUAGAGUCGCUUCUCCAUCGCAAGAGCAAAAACAGGAUUGUAAAAAUGUUAAAAUAGAAAUGGACGCUUCUCUCAAGUCUAAAAAAAGUUUACGACCACAAGUUUUUCCCAAAAGGGGUCGCACUAGUAGUGUGGAACUAUUCUUUGAAAGUAUGGCACACACUGUGAUGAAUUUACCCAUGAGAGCACAAGCAGAAAUCAAAAUGGAAAUUUGUAAAUUGGUUACUCGAGCAGAAAUUAAAUAUUCUCAGGUACCUAAUCCAAAGUUAGGAUCCCGUAAAUCAAAAAGCAAGCAAAGGUGAAACUAGCUGCAAAAGCUUGAAUUAAUGGUAAUAUUUCACUUCGAAAAAUAAAACUAUCCAGUACAGUGAGAUCCACAGUAAUAGAAAUAAGAGGAAAUAUGUUUUGGAUUUACCACCAAUAUUGACAAAUAUGCGAAUAUAAUGAAGCCUCGAGAAGGAGCACAGAAGUCUGAAAUAAUCUUUUAAAUUUCAAGACACUUUAUUUCUAUAUAAGAAAUAAAUAUUUAAACAACAAAAAUGCAUAAGACAUUUGAAGAUACGCCGAGAUACCUAUGCUUAAAUACUUAUGUAUUAUUGAUUUUAGGUAAAGAAGAGAUUUUAUUCAUUUUAUACCAUUUCCGACAAUAGCAUACUGUAGAAUAAUAUGCAUACAUGUAGUCAAAGUAUCAAAUUGAAGAUAUCUCUUCUUCAUUUUUAGCUGUUUGGUUAUUUAUUACACAUACAGUGCGCGAAAACGAUGAAUACUAGAUCUGUGAAAUAGUUUAACGUAUGAAUUGUAUGAGCACAACGGUGAAAGUGAACUCUUAAACCCUAUCAAGAAAUAUCAUCGUAUCAGGA